GGUGGUCAGUUCGAGCCUACCUUCGGUGCUGGUGAAGAGGGCAAUUGUGGAGGUGAUGGUCACUUUGCGCGUGAAUGUCCCGAACCUCGUAAGGGUAUGGCUUGCUUCAAUUGCGGCGAGGAGGGUCAUUCCAAGGCAGAGUGCAUCAAGCCGCGUGUGUUCAAGGGUCCUUGCCGUAUCUGCAGCAAGGAGGGACACCCGGCUGCGGAGUGUCCUGAUAGACCACCUGAUGUGUGCAAGAACUGCCAGUCCGAAGGUCACAAGACUAUCGAGUGCACCGAGAAUCGCAAAUUCGAUCUGAACGAUAUCCCUGACAAGCUUCCCGAGGAGGCCUGGGCUGGCCUCAAGAAGGCUAGUGACGAGAGAGAUCUGGAGGACUUCCGUGAGGGCCUCAAGGUCUAUUCCAAGGCGGUUCCUCAGGCCACUUUUGUGGACAUUGAGAAGAAAAUGCGUGAGGAGAAUUUCAACAUUUACCUCAUUGCCAUGGUUUGUUCGAAAGCUCUUGAUGUUGUACGUUCCUUGAGAAAUACUGAUGGUGUCUAUCACUGCAGGAGAAACCAGUCGGCGACAGCAUCAGCUUGAUCAACCUCCAGGGCAAGUUGAACUGCAAGUAUGUCGUUGCAUUCUACUUCAGUCCUAAGCCGCAGCGCGCGAACCUCAAGGAACGCUGGC